AUGGAGAGAAGAAGCGGCUGUGGAGUACAUCAGAUCUGCUUUCUGUUUCUCUUACUGUUUUCACUGUAUCCUGUCUGCUGUCGAGCCAGUUGGAUGUGGUUGGGAAUAACCUCCGUGGGAGUACCGGAGAAGCUGGGCUGUGCCAAUCUCCCGCUGACGCACAAGCAGAAGGACCUGUGCAAGAGAAAGCCCCAUCUCCUUCCAAGCAUCAAGGACGGCGCGCGCAUCGGCAUCGCGGAGUGCCAGACGCAGUUCGAGCACGAGCGGUGGAACUGUUCUACCACCAAAGAGCUCUCUGUGUUCGGCUACGAGCUAACCAGUGGGACCAAGGAGACGGCGUUUAUCCACGCGGUGAUGGCGGCGGGGCUGGUCCAGGCAGUGACUCGCUCCUGCAGUGCGGGCAACAUGACGGAGUGCGGCUGUGACACCAGCCUGCAGGGCACAGGCUCGCCCAGCGAAGGGUGGCACUGGGGCGGCUGCUCAGACCAUAUCCAGUACGGUACAUGGUUCAGCAGGAAGUUCAUAGAUAAUGCAGUGAAGAAUAUGUCCUCAGCCAGGGGAGGGGAUGCACUGCUCACCAUGAACGAGCACAACAGUGAAGCCGGGAGACAGGCCGUCGCCAAGACGAUGGCCACCGACUGCCGUUGCCACGGCGUGUCGGGCUCGUGCGCCGUGAAGACGUGCUGGCGCACCAUGGCGUCGUUUGAGCGCGUGGGCAACUUCCUGAAGGAGCGUUACGAGGGAAGCGUGCAGGUGCUGGACCGCUCCAAGAGGAAGGUGAGGAGGAAGGAGAAGGACCAGCGCCGCGUGCCCAUCGGGAAGGAAGAACUUAUCUUCCUCAACAAGUCUCCUAACUACUGUCUGGAGGACCGGCGCUGGGGCGUGGCGGGCACUAGAGGGCGCCGGUGUAACCGCACCUCGGCCGGCCCCGACGGGUGUAACCUGCUCUGCUGCGGUCGGGGGUAUAAUACGCACGUGGUUCGCCACGUAGAGAGGUGCGAGUGUAAGUUUGUGUGGUGUUGCUAUGUGAGGUGUCAGAAGUGUGAGAGCAUGAACGACAUGCACACCUGUAAAUAG